AUGGGUCAGUGGCUCAGCGCUGUAGCAAUACUUUUUAGCUUAGGCUAUUUCUUUGUAGCUGCUAUUGCAGAUCCAGCCUACGAUGAGAGUAGGGAAAGAUAUAGUUCAUCUACGGUGGGACUUUUAAAGCUGCUAAAGUUGGAGCAAAAGUUUGUAGAAAUCCUACUAACUCAAGAUCCACAUGGAGAGAGCGAAACUAUACAAGCUUACCUAUUUUCAAUUGAUUACAAAAAGUCACGUACUCCAGAAGAGACAUUAGAAUAUGUUUCCAAUCCUUUGUCUGCCUUUUCACUUGUAAGACGAACACAUGAAGAUCUACCCAAGUGGCACCAGCGGUUUCAGAAGGAAAUGAAAUUGGCAGAUACAAUGGUAUUAGAUGACCUAUUGGCCAAAGUACCUGAUAGCCAGGAUUUUUUGGAGGCUGCACUUGGAAUUCAACGUAUCGAAAGGAUCUAUGACCUUCGGAUCGAUGAUUUAGCAACCGGACGUCUGCAGAACAAGCAAUACAGUAUUCGAUUCACCUUUCACGACCGUGUAGCUAUGGGAAAUCUGAUGUUUAAACAACAUGACUUUCUAGCGGCAGCCAAAUGGUAUCGCAUGGCUACAAAACUCAAUCCCAUAGAGAACAGGGAAAUAUUACAUACGGUUUUGGGGGAUCCAUCGGGCUAUCUAAAACGUCAAUGCAUAAAAGCAUUGUUUGUUUAUGGCUCGGUUCUUACUGGCGAUUCGCAGAGUAAUGACGAGGCUUUAGCCAAGGUGGAGGAAAAGAUUGCAAAUAUGGAUGAGGAGGUUUUAGAUGAUUUGUUGACCAAUCUUAAAAAGCCCGAUAAUGACAUUGAACUGGAAAAACAGCUAUACGAGACAAAAAUAACUCCUACUGCCUUUGAAAGGGGUUGUCGUGGACAAUUCCGGCCAAGAACGCGACUCACAUGUAGGUAUAACUUUACCACGACUCCAUUCCUGCGAUUGGCACCGCUGAAAAUGGAGGAAAUCAGUCGAAAUCCCUAUAUAGUCAUGUACCACGAUGUUCUCUACGAUUCUGAGAUUAAGACUAUUAAGGGACAGUCUGAUGGCUUAAAAAAUGGCUUUGCCGAUGUAAAGAAUGAAUCAAUGAUCAGGGAUAUAGUGGCUCGACAUGUAUGGUGGACGGCGGAAUCCCCCGUAAAAGAGCGCAUCAACCAGCGCAUCAUUGAUAUGACUGGACUUAAUAUCUCACGAACAGAGAAUAUACAGAUCGCUAACUAUGGAUUGGGCACAUAUUUUAAACCACAUUUUGACUAUACAUCUGAUGGAUAUGUACCGCCUGAUGUCUCUACUUUGGGCGAUCGUUUGGUCACCAUUCUUUUUUACGCCAGUGAUGUUUCUCAGGGUGGUGCCACCGUCUUUCCAGAUCUCAAGAUCUCGAUAUAUCCACAAAAAGGCAGUGCUAUUUGGUGGUUUAAUUUAUACAAUAAUGGAACCACUGAUACAAGAAGCAAACACUCUGUGUGCCCGGUUAUCAACGGCGAUAGAUGGACUCUAACAAUGUGGAUCAAUUUGUUUCCGCAAAUGUUUAUCGCUCCAUGCAAUAUUUAAAAUAUAUAUCAAAUGUUUAACAUUUUUAA